UUAUUUACUGGAAUAUUCUUGCAUCCACUAUGGAGUCAAUCCACGAAGAGCUGGAUUACCUUGACAACUCAGCGGAUCUUUCCUUCACCAGAGGCCACAGUGGCUUGGUAAACGGCUACUCAGAGCAUAAACCCGAUCUGGACGAUCCGGGAGAAAUACGACAGAAUUUGAGGGCAGCAAUGAAGGGGGCCCGUCAGCGAAUUACGAACCUUCGAUUGGACCUCGAGGAAAAGGAUAAACUCCUUGAUGAAGAAAAGUCAUUAAGGAAAACAUUGGAGGCAGAGUUAGCAGAGAAAACCGAAGAAUUAUACAAGGAAAAGACAAUGAGCUUGCGCACAGGGAAUGAAGGAUAUCUAUCCAUGAAUGUAACUAGCAGUUUCGGAGAAGAUACGUCCUCAUUUCGGGAAGAAUUGUCCCUUGCACAACGCUUGAAUCUGCAGCUUACAGAGAAGUUAUCCAGAGCAGAAGCUGAAAUCGAAGCAUCCAGAGUAAGUCGCGGUGAACUGUUGGCUCAGACGGAGUCAAAAAUUGCUGCUCAGGGGGCAGCUCUUGUGGAAAAAAUCUACCAAGCCCAGAAGGAGCGAGAUGCUGCCAUGAAUGCCAGACUGCAUAUGGCAAACUCUGAACGGGAGGAGCUGAUUGACAAACUAAGAAGAGCUGAAAGAGAACAUGCUGGAUUUGAUUCUGGUGUAGACAGCGUAUACGAUGAAGAAGAAACUGAGCCAACUAUGAGGUCCUUAUUUGGCAGAUUAACAGCAUCAGAAACUCCUGAAUUAAUUGAUAAAAAUGGUCAUUUAAUGGCAACCAAGAUAAGAACAGUACAAAAGAACAGAAAGAAAAUGGUGACAGAAGAACUCAAGGCUGUUAUAGCUGAAAGGGAUACAGCAGUAGAAAAGGCCAAAGCUCUUGAGGCAGAGGUUGUCAACCUACGUAAAGAAAUAGAACUGAUGAAAAAUCAGCACAUGUUGAUGGACAAACAAAGGGUCAAGGCUAUUCAGUCACAGUCAAUUCAAGCUCAACAAGAAAGAGAUAUUGCUUUAAAAAAAUCAAAAAGACUUGAGGAAGAAAUGGAAACUAUACGAGUCUAUUAUAGGUAAAGUUACACUACUGGGCCAUGAAUACAGCAUAUUGUGUGAACAUAUUGUACAAGGUGAUGUGCAAAGAUAUAUUGAUCAAAAUUUGAUUUCCUCUAAAAGUGAAGGGGGUAGACUUUAUACUUGUUGUUUACGGCUGUGUAGCAGCUUGAUGCAUUCCCCACAUAGGAAGAAAGUCCUACAUGUUUAGCUUUUAUGAUGUCUAAGGGCCAAAAGUAAUUUUCAGUUUGUGUUCUUUUUUUUUGUUGUAGUUGUUGUUGUUUUUGUUUUUGUUGUUGUUGUAGCUUUGAAAGGAAGAUAGUUAGAAACUUUAUUAACGUGUCAAAGAACGUUCUAGUUUGGGGGAUAUCCCAUACUGAUGUGGGGACACAAAUAAAAUGGAUAAACAUUAUUUACAAAGAAUAUUACCUACUUA